AUGUACCUCCACAAGAAGUACCCACACAUGAAGUUAGGCUGCUCCGAAGCUCUUCAGUGCCCAACACUUCUUGUCAACGGCUUCGGUGACCACAGAAUCGAAGGCAUCGGUGACAAGCAUGUUCCAUGGGUCUUGAACGCCAAGGACCAGGAUGUUGUCCUCGGCAUCGAUGAUGAGGCUUGCAUGCAGAUGCUCAGAGUCUUCAACACACCAGAAGGCAAGAAGGUUCUCAAGGAACACGGCGUUUCCGAUGAACUCAUCGAAGACCUCGCCAACCUUAGUAUCUCCGGCAUUGCUAACAUCCUCGGCUGCAUCAAGAUGGCCAAGUACUUCGAAUUCACAGAGAAGGACAUGAUGUUCACAGUCGCUACAGACUCUGCUGUCAUGUACCAGUCCAGACUCAAGGAACUCGAGGAGAAGCACGGCAAGUACACAGAAUGCCAGGCUUACGCUGACUGGUUCAGAUACAUGCUCGGCGCUUCUACAGACCACGUCGAAGAGCUCACAUACGCUACACGCAAGAGAAUCCACAACCUCAAGUACUACACAUGGAUCGAACAACAGGGCAAGACACUCGAGGAACUCAACGCUCAGUGGUACUGCGAUAACUAG